AGGUAAACUUUAGUUCGUGAAGAUGGGUCUGUUAGAUGCCUUCAACUAUUUGGAGAUUUAUUGGGGAUUCCUGGCAAUCGUCAGUGCCGUGGGAUUUCUGUCAGGCAGAGAAGGUUCCAUCAAGAAAAAUAUGAAUGAAAAGGAAUCAUUUUUUCAUAUUGAAAGCAGGUUCACUCUGUACUAUAUUGUGUCUCUACCAUUUGUUUUGUGGACUCUUUACAAUGGUAUAUGCGCACAUUGCCUUGGAUGGGGAGCUAGUGAAAGACUCUCAUCCUUAGUAAAUACACUUUCUACACCACACAAGCCUUCCACAGAUCACCUCUCAGUGGUGCUAUGUCUAGGGCUGUUCGCCUUCCAGUUAGCAAGACGUCUUCACGAGACCUGGAAUAUCAGUAUAUUCUCUAAGACAUAUGUCCCCUUCUACUAUAAACUCAUGGUAUGGGUGGGACUUUUGUCCUCUGCUCUGUGUAUCAUUGCUGAAGGCCCAAGAUUUGGCACCGAAGGAAGUUGUUUCUCCCUAAGUGGACUACUAAGAUGGAACUUUGCCGCAGGCCUCUUUCUCUUUGCAUGGGGAACACAAUUACAUCAUAACACACAGCAACAAUUAGCUAGGCUCAGAAAAAAUAAAGCAGGUCAUAUUGUAACAACUGCCUACAAGAUGCCCAAGAAUGGAUGGUUUGAUAGUAUAUCGAGUCCUCAUUACCUAGCAGAGAUCGUUAUUUAUAUCGGCAUUUGGUUGGUGCUCGGAUUCCCAACAUUCGGUGCGUUCACCUAUUAUGUGAUUUAUGUCACAUUUAGAGAACUCAGCAAGGCACGUACAACUCAUCUUUGGUACCAGCAGAAGUUUGAUGACUACCCUAAGGACCGUUAUGCAGCCAUUCCUUUCCUUAUGUAAAAUGAAAGUUUGUUAGAGGUGGGUCGGGUCAACCGUAGCUUGGGUAAGUGUAGGAAUUGCAGGAAUUGCCUCCCGAGGCUAGGUUGAGUGAAAAGAUUACCCUCGUUCAAGUUCAGAAUGGGACCGUGGAUUCAAUUAUAAAGAAAAAGGACCUUUGGUCAUUUGAAAUCAAUUUACACUAUAAGUAUAGUAACACAAUGUCAUCCAAAGAAUCUAGGCCUAACCCAGCCCAAAGCAACCACACCUGACCUACCUCUAUGCAAUAUAUUAGAGGCCAUGCUUUUAAAUAGGAAAAUUAUGGAAUGAUUGAGAAAUAAAUGGAGUUGAAGUUAUAUGUACUAAAUCAGAAAGCAAUGCCAGAAAAUCUGGUGGUUCAUUAGAAAAAAUGGAAAAGAAUAUGUCAUAUUCACCCAUCAUUCAUUUUAGCUUUAACUGCAAUAUGGUGUUACUGUUUAUCACUCUUAACCUUUCUUUAUUCUGUUCAUUUUUACCGAAGGUUGUCUAGCUUCAAAUAUCAUCAUUUGUUUACACAAGCAAGGUCAUUUCUUGAAAAUAAGUAUAGGAUGGUUUAUAUCAUUAUUUUGACAUUAUUAUGAAUAAGUUGAAUCAAACAAAAUCACUGGUGCAUUAAACUGCUGAGGCUAUUAAUACAAUAUCUGGUAUAUAUUUGGAGAUCUACUAUGCCUCUGAGAUGUUCUUUUGAAAAUGUUACUCAUGAAAUUAGAUGUUAGAUUUACAAAAUGAACCUGUGCAAACUGUGAUGGCUCCCACAUACAUGUAUUCAAUAA